AGCUUUCACAAAGUUGUCCUUUCCACACGUCCUCCUAUAUGCACUUAUAUAGCAUUGCAUUGGCACCAAAACUAUCGACCUCAUGUCCUCAUCAUCAUCAAUGGAGUGCACCGGAAACAUGUCGGCGGCGCCAUUGCUCGUCUUGACGGUGGCGGUGCUCGCCGUGCUAGCCUCCACCUGCGCCGCCGACCCAGAGCCGAUACAAGACUUCUGCGUGGCCGUGCCCCGUGCCGGCGGCGAGGCGUCGCCGGCAUACCCGGGCUUCCCGUGCAAGCCGGCGUCCGCGGUCGUCUCCGACGACUUCUUCUUCGCCGGGCUCGCCGCCGCCGGCAGCACGGACAACCCGUUCGGGGCCAGCCUGAAGCCGGGCAACGUGGAGGCGUUCCCGGCGCUGAACACGCUCGGCGUCGCCAUCAACCGCGUCGACCUCGCCCCCGGCGGCGUCAACCCGCUGCACAGCCACCCGCGCGCCGCCGAGCUGGUGCACGUCAUCACCGGCCGGAUGCUCGUCGGGUUCGUGAGCACGGCGGGGAAGUACUACUCCAAGGUGGUCGGCGAGGGGGAGACGUUCGCCAUCCCGCGCGGGCUGAUGCACUUCCAGUACAACCCUGGGAACGCCUCCGCCCGCGCCAUGACGGUGUUCAACAGCCAGCUCCCCGGCGUCGUGCCCGCCGCGACGGCGCUGUUCGGCGCCGACCCGGAGAUCCCCGACGCCGUCCUCGCCAAGAGCUUCCAGGUGGACGCCGAGAUCAUCAAACUGCUCAAGUCCAAGUUCAAGAAGUGACACUGACGUCUCAUCCGCCAUGGCUACAGCAUAUCUGUUUUGCUUUAGCUGUCCUAGAUACAGUAAAUAGAGUUGUUUCACGUUUGAUAUUUUGGUCCGAUAUUUGCCCAUUUGGCACAUCAAUAAAGUAAAUUUGAAUUGUCCUAUA